AUGCAUUUACUGUCUCGAAUUUUUAGACACGACAAUAAAGAUUGUUCCGAUGUUGAACGAUAUAAUCCAUUUCAAAAUAAAUGGCAAACAUGUAAACCGAUGAAUUUACCAAGGAAUCGUCUCGGUGUAGGAGUGAUUGAUAGUUUCUUAUACGCUCUCGGUGGAUCAUCUGGACAAACAUUUCAUAACAGCGUCGAAAGAUAUUCAGUAAAAAAUGAUUCAUGGGAAUUUGUUAGUCCAAUGCACAUACCAAGAAUCGGUUUAGCUGUCGUGACAAAUAGUCGUCUUCUAUUUGCAUUAGGUGGAUAUGAUGGAACAAAACGAUUGAACGAUGUUGAAGCAUAUAAUCCCGAUAUGAAUGUGUGGACAAAAGAAGCACCAAUGCUUACUAGUAGAAGUGGAGCAGGUGCAUGUUCACUCGAACAUUGGAUUUAUGUUGUGGGUGGUUAUACCACAAAUGGCAGUACGGCAUCCCAGCUUGACUCAGUUGAACGCUAUGAUGUCUUAUCGAAUCAAUGGACAUUUGUCCGAUCACUACAUUAUAGACGAAGUGCACUCAGUUGUGUAGCAUUAGACAGAAAAAUACAUGCAAUGGGUGGUUAUGAUGGUAAAAACUUUUUAUCGGUUGUCGAAGUCUAUGAUCCAGAUACAGACACAUGGGACUUUGGCACAUCGUUAACAAGUGAAAGAAGUGGACAUGGGUCAGCUUUGACCGUUGAACCAACGCUCGAUGGUUAA